AUGGAGAAACCUGAUCUACCAUCCGAAACUGCGAAACGCAUUUCGCAAGUGUAUGGAAAAGCGCCUGGCGGAGUUGCUUAUCAUCACAAGUCCCAGGAGCGAAAAUACUUCGACUCUGGAGAUUUCGCACUUACUGCAACUGGUAAGGCGACUGAUAAUGGCGUUCUAAACACUGGUGAAAUUCAUCCACGCCGCGAAAGUAUUUCACGUCCUCAUGCCUCGGUUCCCAGGAACAGUAAUGUCCAGGAGGACGCCAAUGAGAACCUUCAAGACCGAAAGAGUGAUGAUUUCGUGAUGACGAAAAGCCCUUUACAUCAGCAUACUGAUCAGCAGAGCAAGAAGACCGCGAGUUUCAAGUCUCAGGAAAAUAUCGAACAGAUUCGGACUGAUUGA